AGAGGCGGCCUGGCCGGGAAGCCUCGGGGCGGGGGCCGAGGAGCUCUCCGGGCCGCGGGCGAAAGCGACGGGCCCGGAGCGUCCGCGGACCAGCAGCGGCGGGAGAGCGGACUCCCCUCGCCACCGCCCGAGCCCAGGUUAUCUUGAAUACAUGUGCAACAGUUUUACUUGCAACGUUACCUGUUGUUUUAUACUGCUUCCAAAAGAUCAAAAUUGUUCUGGAAAUUGGAGACAUUUGAUUUAAAAGGAAAAACUUGAACAAAUGGACAAUAUGUCUAUUACGAAUACACCAACUAGUAAUGAUGCCUGUCUGAGCAUUGUGCAUAGUUUGAUGUGCCAUAGACAAGGUGGAGAGAGUGAAACAUUUGCAAAAAGAGCAAUUGAAAGUUUGGUAAAGAAGCUGAAGGAAAAAAAAGAUGAAUUGGAUUCUUUAAUAACAGCCAUAACUACAAAUGGAGCUCAUCCUAGUAAAUGUGUUACCAUACAGAGAACAUUGGAUGGGAGACUUCAGGUGGCUGGCCGGAAAGGAUUUCCUCAUGUGAUCUAUGCCCGUCUCUGGAGGUGGCCUGAUCUUCACAAAAAUGAACUAAAACAUGUUAAAUAUUGUCAGUAUGCGUUUGACUUAAAAUGUGAUAGUGUCUGUGUGAAUCCAUAUCACUAUGAACGAGUUGUAUCACCUGGAAUUGAUCUCUCAGGAUUAACACUGCAGAGUAAUGCUCCAUCAAGUAUGAUGGUGAAGGAUGAAUAUGUUCAUGAUUUUGAGGGACAGCCAUCGUUAUCCACUGAAGGACAUUCAAUUCAAACCAUCCAGCAUCCACCAAGUAAUCGCGCAUCAACAGAGACAUACAGCACCCCAGCUCUGUUAGCCCCAUCUGAGUCUAAUGCUACCAGCACUGCCAACUUUCCCAACAUUCCUGUGGCUUCCACAAGUCAGCCUGCCAGUAUACUGGGGGGCAGCCAUAGUGAAGGACUGUUGCAGAUAGCAUCAGGGCCUCAGCCAGGACAGCAGCAGAAUGGAUUUACUGGUCAGCCAGCUACUUACCAUCAUAACAGCACUACCACCUGGACUGGAAGUAGGACUGCACCAUACACACCUAAUUUGCCUCACCACCAAAACGGCCAUCUUCAGCACCACCCGCCUAUGCCGCCCCAUCCCGGACAUUACUGGCCUGUUCACAAUGAGCUUGCAUUCCAGCCUCCCAUUUCCAAUCAUCCUGCUCCUGAGUAUUGGUGUUCCAUUGCUUACUUUGAAAUGGAUGUUCAGGUAGGAGAGACAUUUAAGGUUCCUUCAAGCUGUCCUAUUGUUACUGUUGAUGGAUACGUGGACCCUUCUGGAGGAGAUCGCUUUUGUUUGGGUCAACUCUCCAAUGUCCACAGGACAGAAGCCAUUGAGAGAGCAAGGUUGCACAUAGGCAAAGGUGUGCAGUUGGAAUGUAAAGGCGAAGGCGAUGUUUGGGUCAGGUGCCUUAGCGACCAUGCAGUCUUUGUACAGAGUUACUACUUAGACAGAGAAGCUGGGCGUGCACCUGGAGAUGCUGUUCAUAAGAUCUACCCAAGUGCAUAUAUAAAGGUCUUUGAUUUGCGUCAGUGUCAUCGACAGAUGCAGCAGCAGGCGGCCACUGCACAAGCUGCAGCAGCCGCCCAGGCAGCAGCUGUGGCAGGAAACAUCCCUGGCCCGGGAUCAGUAGGUGGAAUAGCUCCAGCUAUCAGUCUGUCAGCUGCUGCCGGAAUCGGUGUUGAUGACCUUCGUCGUUUAUGCAUACUCAGGAUGAGUUUUGUGAAAGGCUGGGGACCGGAUUACCCAAGACAGAGCAUCAAAGAAACGCCUUGCUGGAUUGAGAUUCACUUACACCGUGCCCUCCAGCUCCUAGAUGAAGUACUUCACACCAUGCCGAUUGCAGACCCACAACCUUUAGACUGAGGUCUUGGGGCCCUUAACCUUAUCAGGAUGGUGGACUAUAAAAUACAAUCCUGUUUAUAAUCUGAAGAUAUAUUUCACUUUUGUUCUGCUUUAUCUUUUCAUAAAGGGUUGAAAAUAUGUUUGCUGCCUUGCUCCUAACAGACAGAAACUGGAUUAAAACAUUUUUUUUUUCCUAUUUAGAACUUUUCAGGCAUGGCUCAGAGCUUGAGGAUUAAGAGAAACACAUUCUUAUUAAUUCUUCACCCAUUAUGUAUGAAGAAAUCAUUCCAGUGCUAGAAAAUUUAGCCCUUUAAAAUGUCUUAGAGCCUUUUAUCUGCAGAACAUCAAUAUGUAUAUCAUUCUACAAAAUAAAUCCAGUAUUGCUGAUUUUAAAGGCAGAGAAGUUCUCAAAGUUAAUUCACCUGUGUUAUUUUGUGUACAAGUUGUUAUUGUUGAACAUACUUACUUCAAAAAUAAUGUGCCAUGUGGGUGAGUUAAUUUUACCAAGAGUAACUUUACUGUUUUUAAAAAGUAAAAUAAUAAUGUAUUGUAACCUUUCAUCCAAAAUAUUUUUUGCAAGUUUUAUUAGUGAAGAUGAUUUCAUUUCAGAUUGUCUUGCAACUUCAGUUUUAUUUUUGCCAAGGCAAAAAACACUAAUCUGUAUGUAUAUUGAGAAUCCCUUAAAAUUAGCAGACAAAAAAAGUCAUUUAAAAUUACAUUUGUUAUUCCUAAUGGAUGACUGUUUAUCAAGAAGUAUACGUUUCCCCUCUUUUUUUUUUUUUUUUUUUUUUUUUGAGACGGAGUUUCGCGCUUGUUACCCAGGCUGGAGUGCAAUGGCGCGAUCUCGGCUCACCGCAACCUCCACCUCCUGGGUUCAGGCAAUUCUCCUGCCUCAGCCUCCUGAGUAGCUGGGAUUAUAGGCACGCGCCACCAUGCCCAGCUAAUUUUUUGUAUAUUUUUUAGUAGAGACAGGGUUUCACCAUGUUGACCAGGAUGGUCUCAAUCUCUUGACCUUGUGAUCCACCCGCCUCGGCCUCCCAAAGUGCUGGGAUUACAGGCUUGAGCCACCGCGCCCGGCCACGUUUCCCCUCUUAAACAGUAGAUGUAUUCUUCUGUAUUUCUAGGCAAAAGAUUGGUUGCUAAAAAGCCUUGAAGAGGAAUUUCUUUUCCUUAAUUCACAGGGAAAGGUUUUGUAUUUUUUAAAACACUAAAAGCAGUGUCACUACCUAAUGUCUCACUGUUCUGCAAAGGUGGCAGUGCUUAAACUAAAUAAUGAGUAUUUUGGAAACUGCUAAAUUCUAUGUUAAGUACUGUGCAGAAUAAUGGAAACAUUACAGUUCAUAAUAGGUAGUUUGGAUAUUUUUGUACUUGAUUUGAUGUGACUUUUUUUCGUAUAAUGUUUAAAUCAUGUAUGUUAUGAUAUUGUUUAAAAUUCAGUUUUUGUAUCUUGGGGCAAGACUGCAAACUUUUUUAUAUCUUUUGGUUAUUCUAAGCCCUUGCCAUCAAUGAUCAUAUCAGUUGGCAGUGACUUUGUAUAGAGAAUUUAAGUAGAAAAGUUGCAGAUGUAUUGACUGUACCACAGACACAAUAUGUAUGCUUUUUACCUAGCUGGUAGCAUAAAUAAAACCGAAUCUCAACAUACAAAGUUGAAUUCUAGGUUUGAUUUUUAAGAUUUUUUGUCUUUUGCACUUUUGAGUCCAAUCUCAGUGGUGAGGUACCUUCUACUAAAUGACAGGCAACAGCCAGUUCUCUUGGGCAGCUUUGUUUUUUCCCUCACACUCUACCAGGACUUCCCCAAGGACAUUGUGUAUCAUGUGUGGAGUUGGUUAUUUUUUUGAAUUUUUAUUUUACUGUAGCAGAAAUAAGCCUGAUUGUCUACAAGAUGAUAAAUAGAUUCUCUACAGAGUAGUGUGAAAUAAAAUCAAGGAUUAUCUUUCAGAUGCUUUUACUUUUGCUUGGAGGACUUUUAGCUAUUUACCACUUGUGUGGUAGUCCUCCUGAUAUCACCUGGAAUGAACACACCAUUUACCACCUUGCUAAGAAGGUCUUUUAAAUAGACCAUCCUGGAAAAACACUGAGUUUGCUUAUUUCUGUGAUUUAAACAUAGAUGUUGAUCCAAGCUACAUGCCUUUUGUUUUUAAAUAAGUUAUCUACCAACUCAUUUGUAUUCUUGAGUACUUACAAAUUCUUUCAGUAAAGGCCUAAUUUUCUUCUGUAGAAGUGUAAUGAUUUAAGUUUUAUUGGCAGUUUUUUAAAAAGACAUCUUCUCUAGAAAUUGCUAACUUUAGAUCCAUUUUACUGUGAAUGAGGAAUAGGAGUGAGUUUUAGAAUAACAGAUUUUUAAAAAUCCAGAUGAUUUGAUUAAAACUUUAAUCAUACAUUGAUAUAAUUCAUUGCUUCCUUUUUUUUUUUGACAGAGUCUCUCUGUGUUGCCCAACUGGGAGUGCAGUAGCGCAAUCUCAGCUCACUGCAACCUCUGCCUCCCAGGUUCAACUGAUUCUCCUGCCUCAGCCUCCCAGGUAGCUGAGAUUACAGGUGCCCGCCACCACGCCUGGCUAAUUUUUAUAUUUUUAGUAGAGAUGGGGUUUUGCCAUUUGGCCAGGCUGGUCUCGAACUCCUGACCUCAAGUGAUCCAUCUGCCUCGGCCUCCCAAAGUGCUGGGAUUACAGGCUUGAGCCACCGUGCCUGGCCUCAUUGCUUCCUUUUCUACUUUAAGGAGUUUUCAUGUUUAAUCAUCUAGGGAAAGUAUGUGGAAAAUAUUUGUUAAGAAGUAUCUCUUUGGAGCCAAGCCACCUGUCUUGGUUUCUUUCUACUAAGAGCCAUAAAGUAUAGAAAUACUUCUAGUUGUUAAGUGCUUAUAUUUGUACCUAGAUUUAGUCAUGCUUUUGAGAAAACAUCUAGUAUGUUAUGAUCAGCUAUUCUGGAGAGCUUGGUUGUUAAUAUAUAUUUCUAUUUCUUAGCAGUAGUCAUCUUUGAUGAAUAAGACUAAAGAUUCUCACAGGUUUAAAAUUUUUGUCUACUUUUAGGGUAAUUUAUGAGGAUAUGGUUCUGGGUGGGUUUUCUCUAGCUAAUUCAUAUCUUAAAGACUCAAAAUAAUUAAUUUCAGUGCAAGCUGAAUGAGAGAUGAGCCAUGUACACCCAGCGUGAGACCUCAUUCCAUGUUUGUCCAGUGCCUUUCAGUGCAUUAUCAAAGGGAAUCCUUCAUGGUGUUGCCUUUCUUUUCCAGGGAGUAGAUCCUUUUGUGGGAUAUAGUCUAUCUCAUUUUUAAUAGUUUACUGCCCCUGGCAUACAAAGAUAAUGACAAUAAAUCACUGCCAUGUAACCUUGCUUUUACAGAGACAUGGCUCAUUUGUAUUGCUGUAACCACUAAAUAGGUUGCCUGUUCCCAUUCCUUCUGUUAACAGUGCAGGUUUACAGGUUGCAUCGUCUGGCUUAAUGAGAGCCAUGCUGGAGACAUCCAAGUAAAGUGAACACAUAUUAGCUGUGCUACAUUUCAGACUUAAAAUCCAUUUUUAUGGGGCAGGGUGCAGUAUGUAAAGGGGAUGUUUGUAAUACAAGUUUUGAAGGCAAAAUAAAAUGUCCUGUUUCUCAGAUGAUACAUAUCUUCUUAUUUUCAAAGUUUAUUACUAAUUGUAGGAAGGUGAGUUGUGGUCAUCUGGGGAAGGAAAGUUUUACAUUUUACCAUAAUGCUCCUUAAGUGUCUAUGGAGGUUAAAGUAUAAAAUGGUAAAGAAAUGUUUCUAUGCCAGGUUUGAUGGUAAUUGGUUAAUACUCACUAUUUUAUGCAGAGUCACAUUAGUUUACACCCUUUCUGAGAACCUUUUGGGAGAAGCAGUUUUAUUGUCUGAGUGGGACAGAGUUCUUUUUGUUGAUAAUUUCUAUAGUUUGCUCCCUUCAUUAUUGCCAAUUUUAUUGGCAUUUUAUUUAAUGAUAGCAGAUUAGGAAAAUGAUACAUUUAGGUUACUGAGGUAAAUGAGUAUAUGAAAGCAAUUACCUAUAAAGCCAAUUAACAACUUUUUUUUAGGUGGGGUGCACUCAGCUUGAAGAAAUGUGUUUUUUGUUGUUGUUUUUCUGUAAAGGCAGAAUCCAUCUUGUAGCAGACAGCUAUCUAAAUAAUCUCCUAAUCCUCUUUUGCAAAGAUUAUAGAGAAUAGGCUAUGAGAAUCUUGUGCAACCCUUUCUAUUUUUUUUCCCCUGAUAACUAAGUAAUUUCUCUGAAUAUACCAAGAAGUAUGUAAAAAAAGGUCCAUGGCCUUAUUCAUCCCAAAAGCAUCCUAGGCCCAGCCUCAUCUCUAGCAGUUGUCGCAGUGCUGCUAAGUUGUUUAUCUUGUUUAUCUGGUAUCACUGUGGAAUGAAAUUUUCCACAUAAUUCAAAAUUGCCUUAUUUAAGCAGUAAAAUGUUUUAAUUUUUAGCCUCUUUUUCCUGUGGAGUUAUUUAAUACUUAUAUCAGAGGGUAUACUAGAUGUAACAUUUCUUUUUGUGCUUAGCUAUCUUUGUGGACUGUGUUGUCUUUACUAUAAAUGGUCUCAGACAACUAUGGUUUUGAAUUUUCAGUUUUUUUUUAACCCGCUUCUUCUCUCUUGGUUUUUUUCUCUCUCUGAUAGCUACCAUUCAUAUGUGGGUAUUAGUGUAUCUCCUUUUAGCAUUUUCCUCUUCUCUUUCUGAUUCUUCAUUUCUGACUGCUUAGGCAAGGAAGCCAGAUAACCAAACUUACUAGAACUUUCUUUAAAACACAAGUACAAAUUCUGGGACCGGACCCAAGAUACUUUGCUGUGAAGAGUUGAAAAGGACCUCACUGCAUUGGCAUUUGAUGUCAGUUUGACUGCUUAGAGUGCUUUCUGAUUCUUGCUGAGUUUCAGGUAGUUGAAAGAGAGAAGUGAGUCAUAUUCAUAUUUUCCCCCUUAGAAUAUUUUCAAGGUUUUAUUGCUUCCACUUGAAUGCUACAAAAACUGGGGUUAUAAGGGUUACUAAAUUAGCAUUUAGUAAAUUACUAAAAUACCAUUGCCUAGAGGACACCAGCAAACAACACACAACAAAACAAACCUUGGGAAAUGGAGGCCAUUUGUUUUGUUUUGGUGUCUCCUUUUAAGCCCUGCCUUCUGGCCUUAGUCCUGUACAGGUAUUUUUGACUUGUAGGUGCCUUUAUGAGAAUUGAGGGUCUGAUAUCCUGCCCCAAGGAGUAGCUAAAAUAAUUGCUGGUGUUUUCAGGGAUUUUAACAUCAGACUUGAGUGAAUAAAUGAAUGAAUGAAGCUUUGUUUUCCUUUUUUUUUAAAUGUAGUAUGGACUAAGGAAAACCUUUGGUGAAGACAAUCGUUUCUCUCUGUUUCUGUGGAUACUUUUCACACCGUUUAUUUAAAUGCUUUCUCAAUAGGUCCAGAGCCAGUGUUCUUGUUCAACCUGAAAGUAGUGACUCUGGGUUGGGCCAGACAGUUGCUCUCUCUAGUUGCCCUCUGCCAUGAAUUUGAUGUGUGAUCUUGGGCAAGUCAUUUAUCUUCUCUGGGCCUUAGUUGCCUCAUCUGUAAAAUGAGGGAGUUGGAGUAGAUUAAUUAUUCCAGCUCUGAAAUUCUAAGUGACCUUGGCUACCUCGCAGCAGUUUUGGAUUUCUUCCUUAUCUUUGCUCUGCUGUUUGAGGGGGCUUUUUACUUAUUUCCAUGUUAUUCAAAGGAGUCUAGGCUUGGUAUUUUAUUACUCUUCUUUUAUGGACAAAAAGUUACAUAGUAUGUCCUUAAGGCUUAAUUUUAACCAAAGGCCUAGCACCACCUUAGGGGCUGCAAUAAACACUUUACACACACACACACACACCCCUGAGAGGGAAAAGCCUUCAUUUUUCUGUUAUCUCUGGUCAGAGUUUCUUAAGACUUUCUUUGAGUCAUGACAUUCUGGCUUUUGAGUUUGUAUGUGUGUGACCCCACCCUCUUAAGUGGUGUGCUGGUAAUUUUUUUUUUUUUUUUUAGUGAAAAUGGAUUGAAAACCUAUUGUUAAUGCCUAGUGAUAUUAUGCUCAAAACAAGGAAAUUCCCCUGAACUGCAUCAAUAAACUGGUUUAUAUGACUCAAGAAACAAUACCAGUAGAUGAUUAUUUACUUUAUUCUUGGCUCUUUUUAGGUCCAUUUUAAUUAAGUGACUUUUGGCUGGAUCAUUCCGAGCUCUUUUCUAGCCUACCCUUGGAUGAGUAUAAUUAAUGAACUCAAUAGUGUCAAGGACCUGAGGGCCUUCCUUGGGGCUGGGUUGAGGGUGGGGGGUUGGGGAGUCCUGGUAGAGGCCAGCUUUUUGGUAGCUGGAGAAGAAGGGAUGAAACCAGCUGCUCUUGCAAAGGCUGCUUGUCAUUGAUAGAAGGACUCAUGGGCUUUGGAUUGAUUAAGACUAAACAUGGAGUUGGCAGACUUUCUUCAAGUAUUGGGUUCUGUUCAAUGUAUUGGACAUGUGACUUAAGGGACAAGUGUGAAUGCUUAUAGACAAUGAAAACCUGGUGGGCUGCAGAGCCCAGUUAGAAGAAGUGAAUGGGGGGUUGGGGACAGAUUUGGUGGUGGUAGUCCCCAACUGUUUCUUCCCCUAAAUUCAGAGGAAUGCAGCUAUGCCAGAAACCAGAGAAGAGCCAUUCUUAGCUUCUGCUUUAGGGACAACUGGUCAGUUGAAAGUCCCAGGAGUUCCUUUGUGGCUUUCUGUAUACUUUUGCUUGGUUAAAGUCUGUGGCUAAAAAAUAGUUGAACCUUUCUUGAGAACUCUGUAACAAAGUAUGUUUUUGAUUAAAAGAGAAAGCCAACUAAA